CGUAACCAAUCAGCGGGCGCUUUGCUGUAUACUGUAGGAUAAUGGACUGAGCGUAGCCGGUCCAGGCCCUGGGAUGCUGCGGGGAAUUGACUGAGGGAGCCGGGGAGUACCGGGAAGGCCAAGGGCAGCGCUUCUGGGGACACUGAAAAGGAAGAAGUGCGACACCGGUGCGACUGAAUGCGCAGGGAUUUGGAGAUACACGUUUUACCAUUAGAGGGCGCAAGCAUUAAGGGACGCAGCGAUUGAAUAUGGGGUUCACAAGGGUUGUUUAUUGGUGAAAAGCGUGAGGGGCAACUCGGCAACAUAAGUUUAUGGGCUGUUGGAGUUUGGUAACAAACGGGCUACGGAUAUUGGAGCCCAGUGACAAAAGGACAGGGGCCACUCGAGCUCAGUCACAUAGGGUUAGGGCUUAUUGGAGCCCAGUCAUAUAGGGUUAGGGCUUAUUGGAGCUCAUUGACAGACGAAUAGGGGCUACUGGGGCUCAGUAAUGGAGGAACAGGAGCUACUUGAGUUCAGUGAUAGAGAGUAAGCAGCUUCUUGAGCUCAGUAACAGGAAUAGGGGCCACUGGACCUUAUUAAGUCACUUUAGGAGCUACUGGAGCUCGGUGAAUGAGAGUUACAGGUGACCAGAGCUCUUUCACAGAGAGUUAGGGGCUGCUGGAGCUCAGUGACACAGGGUUGUUGGAUACAGAAUCUCAGUGACAGAAGGUGAGGGGAUAUUGGAGCUCACUGACAGAAGGUUACAGUUCUACUGGAGACCAGUGACAGAAGAUAAGGGGCAACUAAAGCUCAAUUACAGAGAGAUAUGGGCCACUGGAGCUCAGUGACAAAGGGUUAGCAGCAUAAGGAGCUUGGUGACAGAGGGAGAGGGGUCACUAGAGCUCAGUGACAGGAUAGGGGCUUCUGGAUCUUAACAAUAGGGUUAGGGACUACUGGAUCUCUGACAGAACAAUAGAGAUUACGGGGCUCAGUGACAAUUUCAGGGGUUAGGGGAGCACCGUUAUUCAUUGAUGGAAUACUGGGGCACAGGUUACACAGGCACUGGGUAAUUUCCUGGGGGAAAAUAUAUAUAUAUGACCAGUGCCGCUGGGGUAAGGACAUAGAUAGGGGUUCUGGAGUUCAAGUAGAAGAGUUAUGGUUGUUGAGGGUUUCUGGUGCACAGUGAAGCCAAUCUCUAUAGAGGUGGUGCAACAGAUAAGGGAUUACCAGGGACACUCACACAGGCAGAGAAAUCAUUGAAGCAAACUAAUGGAGGGUUCAUGGGUCACCAGAGUGAAUCAAUGUCACUGAAGCAAUCUGGCUAAUUGGUAGUGGCUUCUGCUGGUGUAAUUACUUUACUUCAGACUAGUAGCUGACUGACUGCAAUAACUGGUACUUCGUAACAGAUACAGAGGUUGUUAGAGCACAGACAUAGAGAGAGUGCUAUGAUAACCAUUGCUCUCGUUGAUGUCUUAUUGCUUCUGGGCCAUGGUGGCAGGGGAUUUUUUUACUAGGAGCCCACUGAAUGAAGGGUUAAGGCAACAGUGCAAUAGAACUGGGUAUUUAGGUUGGGGAGAACCAGAAAAAAGGGAUGAUUAUAAACUCACUGGGUGGUAGGAACAAUAUUAUUAUAGGGACACAUAACAGAGGCUAGCACAGAAGAUUUGAGGGACUUCAUGCAAAGGACAGGGGAUGCCCUGAAACUAUAGAAAAUCAGGGAGUUUCUCAGAAAGAGAAAGUGGGUGUAGUGAGGCACAGCAUUGGGGUAACUAGUUAUAACUUGGCAAGAGGAGGGCACUGGGAUAGAAUGAGCUCCUCUGGCAAAUGACCAUAGAUAGUGUUAAUAUUUGAGUAUCAAAGGAACCAAGGCACAGGAGAUAACUUGGGCCACCCUGGUGAGGAGGGGGAGAUACCCAUACUGUAACACAGGGAGUAAUGUGAAUGCCAGCAGGAAACUAGGUACCAGUCACAGGGAACUGUGCCAUAGGCACGAGGGGGUAAUUUGAUUGGGUAAUCGAACAGGGGACCCAGGCAGUAUUGAAUUAGCAGUAACUCCCGGCCACCAGGACAAAUGCUGGGAACUGGAAGGAUGGAAGAGUUUCACAGUGAGGAGGAGGAGCCAUGGUAUGACCAGCAUGACCUGGAGCAAGACUUGCAUCUGGCAGCUGAGCUGGGGAAGACUCUCCUGGAGCGCAACAAGGAACUGGAGGUGUCACUGCAGCAGAUGUACCUGAGUAAUGAGGAGCAAGUACAGGAGAUUGAGUACCUAAGCAAACAGCUGGAGAUGCUUCGGCAGGUAAAUGAGCAGCAUGCCAAGGUGUACGAGCAGUUGGACACAAUGGCACGGGAUUUGGAAAUUACCAAUCAGAGGCUGGUUCAGGAGAACAAGGCAGCCCAGCACAAAAUAAUGAGUCUCACAGACACUAUUGAUGGGCUGCAGAGGCAGGUGGAGUCUCUUCAGAAACAGGUGGAGGAUCUACGCUGCAUGGAGCAGGUGCGCAUCAAGAGGGAGAAACGGGAGAGGCGCCGCACUAUCCACACGUUCCCCUGCAUGUGUGAGCUCUGUGCCAGCUCUAGGCAUGAAGAGACCCUGUACAUGCACAGCUCCUGUCUAGAUCUCGCCCAGAAGCCCUUGCUGAGGGAAAAUGAACGCCUGCAGAGCGCUGUGAACUCCCUGCGUGCCCAGGUAGCUGAGGAAAGGCAGCGCAAAGAGAGAGCUGAACGGGAGUACCAGGCUGUGGUGCAGGAGUAUUCCGAUCUGGAGCAGAGAGUGUGCGAGAUGGAGAACUGCAAGCUGCGUGUGCGGGAGCUGGAGGCAGAGCUGGUGGAACUGCAGCAGAUGAAGCAGGUGAAACAAUACCUGCUGGGCCGAGGGGACAGCCUUUCCCAGGCUCUUUUAGAGCCCCUUAAUAAGACCCCAGAGACAGAUGAUCCAGAAACCCCUGAUGAAGGUCAAGUGGAUGUGAGCAGGGGCCAAGUGACCCCAAACUCAGUGGUCAGGAAAAGCUGCAGUGACACAGCCUUGAGUGACAUUGUGGGAAGGGAUGCAGUCAGCCGGCAUGAGGGUAAUUAUACUUUGCAUGCCAACAGCACCCGGCGCCGAGGCAUGUCCAUACUGCGAGAGGUUGAUGAACAGUACCACGCCCUCCUGGAGCGCUACGAGGAGCUGCUGGCCAAGUGCAGGAGGCAUGAGGACAGUCUUUGCCAUGCUGGAGUGCAAACAUCCCGUCCAGUUUCACGGGACAGCUCCAGCCGUGACCUCCCGGCAGAAGACGCAGAGCCUGAGAGAGUGCUGACCUUGCAAUUGGAAGCGGCGGAUCGGAGACUGGAGCAGAGUCAGCCAGAGUACAAGGCUCUUUUCAAAGAGAUAUUUAACCGCAUACAGAGAACCAAGCAAGAUAUCAAUGCUGGCAAAGGUCCUGGGGGCAAAUAAAAGGCAUUGUGCCUUCUUCCAGCUCCCCUCUGCAAUGAAUGCUGCCAUGUAAUGCCUACUUAUAUGCCAAUCAUUAUUUAAAUACCCUUGUACUAACCUUUCUGCCUUGCUGUAGCAGGAAUCUGCACCAUGGACUCUGCUAUGCAUAUAUUUAUAGCCUAUGCUUAGAAGUUCAACCUGCCUCUACUACAACUUCCAUCAUACACGGACAGCCAUAGGUGAGGUACUCAGGAUGUAAAACACUGAAAUGCUGGGCACACUUACAUUUAUUUAUUUGCACACUAAUAUACACAAAAUUACACAGUUUUAUAUAAACACACUCACUACCUAGCACACAUGCACAUUGAUAGGCAGAUAUUUAGAUUCCCAAUGGGCAUACACAGCACCAGUGCAAUAUACACACUAUGAAUACACCUGCCGCUAUACUCACACAUAUACUACUACACAAUUACACUAAACAGGCAGUGCUAUGCUGUCAUGAGCGUUUCUACUUUUCCUUACUAGUAUAGUAAUAAUAUAUAUUCUGUGCACUGGAUCUCAGGGGGCUAAGGACCCAUUCCCAACCUUUACUUUUAACCAGCUUGAAGCAGUCAGGAUGCACAAAGUCAGCUAACCCCCCCCCCCCACUAUUAAAAUACAGUUGCCAGAGGCUGGCUUAAUUUGCCAGGUGUAUUUAGGGUACACAGUUGACCAACACAAAUAAAUUAAGAUUUCAGGAUAGUAGAAGAUCCUCUGCCCUCAGCACAGUGUGUGGGCCAGUCAUGGCAGUAUUACCUCCUUUUGUAAAACUACUACUACUGUGCUAGGGCCAUAGCUACCCUAUGUAUUCCUUGCUUUUCGUAUGUGAAGUCCUUAAAGUUUAAUACAGCAAUACCCAGUCUGUGUUCUUCCAGUUCCUGCAACCUCUUCACAGCUAGGCGUGCUUGGAGCCAUAUUUUGAUACCAAGAAGAAUACAGGCUGGGAAUUUGUCCAUUCAAAGCUUUGUAAACUAGUAUUGUUCUGUUUAGCAUGUGCAGAGGGUUAAACAUAUGGUUACUCUCUCUUGCUCUCUAAACUUACCCCUUGAAUAUCGAUAUUGAAAACCCUGCUGGUUUGACUAAACUGACAGUAUUAGCUCUAAAAGGCCAUCUUGAUAUAUCUUGGGUCUGGGUUGAGCCAUUUUGCUCAUAUGUCUAUUUAAAUUCCCUUUAUUCCCAUGCAAAUAAAGGUUCUGGAUUAUUCUAA